UAGCGCCAUAAGCACAAGACGACGUUCGUGAUGCAGCUCGUUAAAGUGGUUGCAUUGGGUGCAGUGCUACUAUCGACGGUGUUACCAAACAUCCAAGGAGGACUCCCGUUGGUAGUGACUACAUGGCGUUUCCUAAACGCCACUCUCCAAGCCUAUCAAUCGCUGACGGUUGGUGAGUUCGAUCCGAUCGAUGCGCUGGUCGAGGGAUGCAGUGUCUGUGAGCGAGAGCAGUGCGAUGGAACGGUCGGGUACGGUGGCAGCCCGGAUGAGACGGGCGAGACGACGCUGGAUGCGAUGCUGAUGGAUGGUACGACGAUGGAUAUUGGGGCGGUGGCGGCAUUGCGUGAGGUGAAACAUGCGGCCGCCGUGGCCAAGUACGUGUUGCGUAACACGAGACACACGAUGCUGGCCGGCAGCCAGGCGACGGACUUUGCACUGCAGAUGGGCUUCCGGCGGGAAACGCUGCAGACCGAUGAGUCGCGGGCGAUGUGGGAGCAGUGGAAGGCCAACCAUUGCCAGCCGAACUUUUGGAGGGUAAGCAAUGCGCACUGUAUGGGUGUUGGUUAUUGCUCUUAUCUCGGGGCGCAGACAAUCUUAUCCCAAAUUGCGCAAAAAGAUCGAUCGAUCAUUGAAAACGUCAUCCCGUCACCUUCGAUGUCCUGUGGCCCGUACGAACCCGUAUCGGCCAAUGCCGUGCGCAGCAACCCACCAGAAGACGCUUCGGCUCCGGAUCGAACCGAUUUCAGCUUCGGACGCUACAAUCACGACACCAUCAGCAUGAUCGUCAUCGAUCAAACGGGCCAUGUGGUGGCCGGUACAUCGACGAACGGGGCACGCCACAAGAUACCGGGCCGUGUCGGUGACUCACCGAUACCGGGGGCUGGUGCGUACGCUGAUUCGGAAGUCGGAGCUGCCGUAGCGACCGGUGAUGGGGACGUAAUGAUGCGUUUCCUGCCCGCUCUGCUGGCCGUCGAGGGGCUACGGAAUGGGCAAGGUCCGAGUGAGGCUGCUGAGAGGCAGAUCAAGCGGAUCACGAAAUACUAUCCCACGUUUGCGGGUGGUAUCGUGGUGGCCACCAAGGAUGGACGCCAUGGAGUGGCAUGUAAUGGUAUGGCGGAGUUCCCGUACUCCGUCGCCGAUGGAUCGGACUGGCAGGGUGAGGUGAAGGUGUACACCGUCAAGUGUGUCUAGUACAGGGUGGGCAAGGCAGAAAUAAAGGAAGAGGCCCUUUCCUCGACAGCA